UGAUAGACACGGACGCACCUUUUCCAUCCUGAAUGUGCAUAUUAAUUCAUUCAAGGGUGGCUCUAACGACAGCACAGACGGCCGCAUGACAAGAAUCAAGCCCACAUUGUGGAGCUGCUUUUGUCGCUCAUCAGUGUGUGAUGGGCGGUCGCGUGCGGGCGGUUGUACAAUGGCAGUAUAGUUUUUUUUUUUUACCCUCUCAUUUGUCACGACAUAAGCGUCUCCAUGGCUGUGUAAGCCCUCCGUGGGAAGAUGCAAAGUUCAGCUCAGGACUCGCAUGGAAACUUUUAUGUUCCAUAAUUCCAUCAACCUGUGCCACCAGUAUAGUCUAGAGAUGGGCUUAUUUCAUUUAACAACAGAGUACACUUGUGUCUGUACAGUAGAUCCCCUCCGCGCUUUUCGCUGGGGUUACCUUGUGGAACCACCAGCAAUGGCAAAAUCCAUGAGAAACUGAUGCGGCAUGAAAAUGUAUUUUUGACACACGUCUCACUCCCUGCCUUCCAUACCCUCCUGCUAGCUUGCGUUUGACGUUCUCCGAGGUACUCGCCACUAAUGAAUAUUUCACCCUGCUACAACUUGACAAGGCCAGAUUGACUGUCAAAGAUGGUGCUUCGGGAGCUAAAAUAAACUUUUGCGUCUCACAGAGGACACAGCUAUGGUGCGUUCAAGGACCGCCGAACAAAGUGCGAAAUCUCAAAGCUUGAGGAAUAAACAUUAUCAGUGAAGCAUAAAGAACAUGAACAUGUAAAAAUUGUGGGCUUUUUUGACAGUAGUACAUGUAUGCUGUACAUCUGACUGUGUUGUCACGUAUUUAUAAAUUAUUACUGACAUAAAGUGAAUGAGAUGUUUUCUGUGCGAACAUUACAGUAGAAUUAGUGACACCUAGUGACCGUUGUCCUAUCCUACAUAUCGUCAACAUUUAUGUGUCUUUUAAUGCCAUAUGUUUGUAUUUGAGUUCAUUUAGCCAUUUUUAUGCUUGAAAUUUGCUUAAUUUAGGCAAAAAAUACAUACAAUUGGCUUAGAAUAAUAGUCCCCUGUGUGGUCCUCUUUUCUAGGUGCUGGUGUCGGCCAUGAUAAAUCAAUCAUGUGGAAUUUUAUCUCGCAGUCCUUAUCAAUGAGGUUUUGAUGUGCAAUGAGUAAACAGUGUGCUUUAUUAAUAUAUUUUUGAAAAACCGUGAGAGUAAAGCCGUGAAAUUCAAAUCACAAAGUGGCGAAGGACGACUAAUUGAAAUGGAUGCUGAAGGAGAGAAGAAUAAUGUUGUGGGAGACAGAAAAAGUUGAGUAAUAAAACAUGGAAAGCAGGCCACCACAAAUAAAUGAAUGUAUGUGAAACACUGACCAUUACAGUACAUUACAGUAGGGGUGUUGCAAGACGAGAUGAUACACAAGAUUGGGUAGCUGAGACGAGAUUUUAACAAUACUUUAAAGGAAAGUACAAUGAAAAAUAUAAAAAAAUAUGACAAUAAAUUGCAAUCUACACAUUUAAUAAUUUCUACAUUACCUUUUAUUGCGCCCCAUGAGGCUACACUCUUCUGCACUCUGUGUGUAUGCAAGCAGCCCCGCCUCCACCCACUGUAUAACUGACAAAAAGGCUCACUCCUUUCAUGCUGUAACAAAUGCGCUAAUGUAUUGAAACCAAUGCACAGAGUGAAAUCCCUUUGUGCCCGAUUGCAGGCGGGAGACGAGGAAAACAGACACACAUGCACACAGACAUGUCCCUGAGACAUUUUUUUCUGAAAGAGAGAUCUUGUGGCACCCCUCCAUUACAGUACAGUAUACUAUAGUAUGCUAGAAAUAACCACAAAAAAACAAUAUUGAUAUGUAAUGAGUGUGCAGGUGAAAGUAAUAAAUGUAGAAUGAAAAGUUUCUGCGAGUUGUCGUAAGUUGACUUAGGGUUUUAUUUCUAGUGAAUAUGCGGUGGAAGCACACUCCUACAGUUGCACAGCUGCUCACCCUACACCAGACAGUGGGAUAUAUUUUCUGAUAUUUAUGCAGUUGGAUGGUAAAAAUCUGGCGUUGUCCAGCAAACAUAAGGCGGCCCUCCCCCCAAAAAAACAGCUUUGAAACGGCCACAGUGGAAAAGGGGUAUCUGCGUGAAAGAGGUUAGUGAGGCUGUACAGGUGAGGUGGCUAGAUUAGAUAAGGUGCUUCAGGUGUAGAAGGUCACUCCUUGAACAAACGCACUGAAGAUCCUGUAGAAAAAACACUGGCAGUUGUUUGCUAAGCUCCAUGCGUGUGUGUGUAUGCGUGUUCAAGUGUGAACUGUGUUUACUGAGCAGACCAGUUGCCAUAGCAAUGCUGCAAUUGGGAGGAAAGUGGCCGUGCUUUGUGCUCACAAAGUCUGCUCUCCAUCAUGGAGGCUGAUAGGCUGUCUGCUUCUUUUGCUUGUUUGUUCCACCAAACUGUACAAAUACUACGGUGGCUGACAGGGGCAAAACAAAAACACACAAACAUAAACCACAUGCCAUGGGAAUAAAGGCUGCAAUCACACAAACGCUGAAUGAUCAAAAAUGAAUACAAAUGAAAAAUGAUGCAAAUGCCAAAAACACACACAAACCCCCAAAACAACUGCUGAAGAGAAAUGCUGCAAGUUCACAGAAAAGGAAGUGAGCCAAGCUACCGGUGGCAUCGGACCUGAGGGAUAGCUGUCUUUUCAGAUGGAAUAUUUUACAAUAUUAUAGAGCAACCCAUUUUUGCAGCCAAGUCAAAAAAAGAAAAGAAAUUGACCUUUUCACUCCCGCUAACUUUCUUGUGGGCAUCCUGCGCAUGUCUUUAAAGACUGAUUCCCUCAGGUCUGGCAACCCUGGUGUCCUGACUAACGUCAGUUACUGUAACUUGCAGUAUUUCUCUCAUAAAGUGUUUUGGGGGGUUUGUGUGUGUUUUGGCAUUUGCAGGAUUUCCCUGCGCAUCUGUUUUAUGCUGUUGUGUGUUUUUGUUUUUGGAUCAUUUUUGUGUUUGGAGUUUCAACGUUGCUGCACAUAUGCCACUGUUAGCUGCCGUACAGUACAGGAAAGUACAGCAGGGUAGAGUUGAGUAGCAUAUUCACUGCUCCAAUAGCAUGUACUGUAUUGUCAGUGUAAACACGCUAAAUGAUGAAUGUCAGUCAUCACUGCUCACCAUCUGCAGGUCACUCAUGAUUUUGAUUUUCUUUGACAUCUUUCGACCUCGUCUCCUGAUUUCUGUCAUAUUUUGUUUUCCCUUUUUUCCCCCUUCCUGUUUGUCUUUGUUGUUUUUGUUGGAGGUCUAUGUGCAGGCUGUUAAGCUGCAGCGGCGUUUAGAUGAGAAGGUAGGAAGCUGCAGAGGCGCCAGGGUGAGCGGACAUUUGUGCCUUUUGUGUGUGUUUGUUAAUGUUGGUGUGUGCUUUCUUUGCAUACUUUCAUUGGGUCCAUGUCACCAAUCACCUUUGUUGCAAUUCACUGUGGUAAGUGUGCUUCUACUAACAAGUCAUAUAUGUCUACGUAGAGGAGACAUUUAGCAACACAAACCGUAACAUGUUGACCUUUAGAAUCUGUGAUGUAAUUAAUCCUUCAUUUGAGCCGGACAAAGUGCAGUAAUUGUCAACUCACCGGUACUCAUGUUGAGUUUUAGAAAUGAUAAAACUUGCAAAUUGCAAUUUACAAGUGGAAUGCGAAGGUUGUGUGUUGCUGUGGAGUCCAUCUGUACAAAGCACUGUAAUGUCUCGCAGAUGCUAUCAGACGCCUCCUCCACCCUGGAGCUUUCCUCUACACUUCCCUUAUCAUGUGUUCAGGACACAUCCCAGCAGACUCUACAUCUGUCACGCUUCCUGUUACGUUAGCAUCAAAGUUUGUGUGGUCACAUGACCUCCACCUCCCCAUCAGCUGAAGAGAGGGAGAGCUGAAAAGGUUUAAGGAGAUGUUCUGGGGUCACUUGUUAGAAACGAUGGCGUCUGCUUUCAUUUUUAACCUCUAACCUUCCUAACACCGCCCCCUUGACCUGCAGCAGGUGAUGGUGUCGGGUCCAAACCUCAACGAGACCAGCAUUGUGUCUGGGGGUUACGGAGGCACGGCGGAGGGAAUCAUCCCCACUGGCUCCAUCAAAGGUCCCAGCAUGCAUCACAGCAGCAGCAGCUCCUCCAUGGCGGCAGAGGACACCAGCCGAGGUGUGGCGGUGGAGAAGCUGGAAAAUGUCAAGAAGUGGGGUCUGAGCACCUACAAGUGCACCAAGCAAAUGAUCUCAGAGCGUUUUGGCCGCGGAUCCCGGACCGUGGACCUGGAGCUGGAAGCCCAGAUCGAACUGCUGAGAGACACCAAGUGCAAAUACGAGAAUGUGCUGCGACUGGCCCGAGCGCUGACCAACCACUUCUACAACAUGGUGCAGACGCAGCACUCGCUGGGAGACACCUUCGCCGACCUCAGCCAGAAGUCUCCUGAGCUGCGGGACGAGUUUGGCUACAACGCAGAGACCCAGAAGCUUCUUUGCAAGAACGGCGAGACUCUGCUGGGCGCCAUCAACUUCUUUGUAUCCAGCAUCAACACGCUGGUCAACAAGACCAUGGAAGACACCCUCAUGACCAUCAAGAUGUAUGAAAACUCCAGGUUGGAGUACGACGCCUAUCGGUCGGACCUGGAGGAGCUGAGUUUGGGUCCCAGGGACGCAGCGGCUGUGGCCCGCAUAGACGCGGCGCAGGAGCAGUACCAAGUCCAGAAGGAUAGGUACGAACGACUCCGCUCAGAUGUCACCAUCAAACUGAAGUUCCUGGAAGAGAACAAGGUGAAGGUGAUGCACAAGCAGCUUCUGCUCUUCCACAACGCCAUCUCCGCCUACUUUGCCGGUAACCAGCAGCAGCUGGCACAGACGCUCCAGCAGUUCAACAUCAAGCUGAAGCCCCCGGGGGCAGACAAGCCAUCCUGGCUGGAGGAGCAGUGAAGAGGGAGGUGGCGCCUCCCCCACCCGCCCCACCAGCUCUGUUACCUGCUGACGGAUGGAGACGCAGGUGGGAAGACUCUGAAUUGUAUUUGAGAAACAAAGCAAAACCAAGUAGCCAGUUUCUGGGACAUUCCGGGUAGGUGGGGUUGGGGUUAGGGGGUCAGUGCCUCUGUCCAAGGUUCUCUUGACAAACCCACCCUCCUCCAAACACUACAUUGAUGUUAGUCAUAUUUACUGGACUCCUGCUGUGCUCUGAUGCUAUCAAACACUACAAGAGCGCCACCUAGGUGGUGCUCCAGUCAACAUGGAGGACUGCUAUGACUGGCAACCUUUUUUUGUUUUUAAAUACACCACACUGGAAAGGAAUGUCAAAGAAUUUCAUAUUAAUGUAUAUGGGAAAAUUAGUUUGAAAAUACAAGAUUGUGUUUUGUUUUUGUUUGUUUUUUUACACGUCUAAUAUUUAUAUUAGCUUUGAGGUUUAACACAAAUGAGUCUAAGUAUCUUUUUAAUCACAAGCAAUCAACAUCACUAUUACCUUUUUUUAAUCUUUUGGGAAGUUUGUGCAUCGUUUGUGAGCAAUGCACAGACUAACUUAGGAGUAUGAGUAAACUAGGAGUAUAAAUAAUGGAGUGUAU